UCUUGUCACUGGAAAUGUGACACAAAAGCCAAUUUGCUUAGUUUACAAAUUCUGCCGUUGACGUGGGAUAAAGCGCGCCAUUUAUUUUUAAACCAUCGGCGUCAGAUCGAUCGCCGUGCUGGUACCUACUGACAUUCAUAAAACAGAAACGCGGCCAGCUAGAGACAGGAACGCUGCAAACGUCGGUAUUUUAUUUACGUGGAGAGCACAGCGAUACUCGUUCCGCUUCUAUUUUCGCACUAUAUCGUUUAUUAUGAGGGCCGACGGCGACGGCGGCAUGGGCGCACUGAGGGCGAGCGCCGAGCGCCGGGCGCGAGUCGAGCGCAGGCCACUCCACUGCCUGAUAUUAUAUUCUGGAGCACGCCGCCUCACCUCGCUUCGCGCCAGAUAUUUCGAGUGCUGCUUCCACCACCUAUGAAUUUACCUAGUCUCAGUCACAGCACACGCCCGGUGCAGCCGGCCGCAUCGCUCAAUUAAUAUAAACGAUAUUGUUUGCUUUGAGACUGCUCGUAUUUGGAAAUAUUGCAGUUUAGCGUACACAGUUACGUUUGGGAAAGUUAUGGUUUUAAUGGCCCGACAGCAAAUGAAAUAGUGAAAAGUUAACGUUAAAAUAAAGUUCAUUAGCUGUGUGCUUCAUGUGUUUAAUUAAGUGCGUAAAACACAGCUAUCAUACAAUUUGCAUACUCGAUGCCAGGCGUUAACCACAGCGGUCGACGAGACUACGAUUCAUAGAAGAUUCUAAGAAAGAAGACCGAGGAACAAAAACAUGAGUGUAGAGGAUACUGGCACGAAUGUCAUUCACGGGUGGGGUUGCACUCCUACUGGUGACCAUCCACCAGCAACUGCCACUUCUGAGAACAACUCCUCAAAAGGCUGCCUUCCCUCAACUUUCACGAAGGGCUGGAGAAGAACCACCUUGUACAGCAUACUGAUCUUCUUAAUGCUACUCAUAUUCCUUAAUAUUGGUCUUACGUUGUGGAUUAUUGGCGCUUUAAAACUGACUAUGAAUGGUGUUGGUCCCAUAAGAAUAGUGAGAGGUGGCAUCCAUGUGGACGGUCAGACUUGGGUGCUGGAUAACCUGGUGGCUUCCACCAUCACCUCACAAACGGCGCAACCCAUCUCCAUCCAUUCACAUCGCAACUUCACCGUGCUGGUUGCUGAGCCGGACCAACCGAAUUAUUCGAAGCUGUUUAUCAAGCGUGAUAACCUUGAGUUCAGCGGUCGUGCAUUGCACGUGAAUGAUGCACGAGGCAGCCCCGUGUUCUCUGCGUCGCGGGACGAAGUGCGGAUAUUCUCUGAUUCACUGGCUGUUGAUGGACCUGGCGGGGUCAAUGUCAAGACUGCUAUCCAAGUACCUGUAGUACGAGCACCACCGGCCUUCGACUUGCAUCUGGAAUCCCUGACAAGACGUUUGGACUUAAGGGCACCAGAAAACAUAUUCAUUGAUAGCAGAGCUGGAAAUAUACAAAUAACUUCACAUGGGAACAUCAAAUUAGAUUCCGUCGUCGGUAACAUAAAACUCAAUGCUCAAAAUAUAGUGAUCAAUAAUUUAAAAGAAGCUGUUAGGACUGACAAGCCUAAUAAAAAUAUAAGGGGCAUGAAAGUAUACCAGUUGUGUGCGUGUGCAACGGGGAAACUAUUCCUGGCGGCCCCGGACGCGCCAUGCGUCGCGCGCGAUGACGACACCGAGCUCUGCCGAUGAUGCCCGAAGAUAGCCGAGUGUAUAGUGAUAGUGAUGCACCUCAUAGCCAAACAGACCAUAGUGCCAAACUAGCCUAAGUGAUAAGUAAGUAGGUGAAAUUAUAAAAAAAUAUUCCAUAAAUAUUUUACUAACAAAUGUUAGUUAAAUUAAAUCUACACAGUAUUGUUAAAUGUUAUAUAUUUUAAAAUGAAAUUGGUAAAUAGAAAAGAUUUUUACAUUUUGCACAUUGGAAUUUAUAAAAUCGUAAAUUGAAAAAACUUAAAGCAUUUAUGUGAUGUAUUUAAAUAUAAGUAGGUAGUAUAACGUACCAUGCCUAGUAUUAAUAGCACUUUUAGUCAAUUACGUAAUUGAUAAAAUGAAUGCAUUUUACCAGCUCUUAUGAUUAGCGCCUUAUGCCUUGUAAUAGAAGUACUGAAGAGUCAUACAAGUAAGAUAUAAGUAACAAACAUUACGUAAACAAUUGUAGUACAACAAUAGAGGGUAAUGGGUUCAUUUACGUUAUGCAUUGUGAACAAAACUGGGAUGUAGUUGCUUUUAGCGACUAAAACAAAAGUCGACACAUCUCACUCACUGUCCCGAGUCUCUUGUAUUUAUGUUUGCUUAUAUUAUAAAGGUUAAUUUACUUUCCUUUGUCAA